GCGCCGGCGCCGGCAAGAAGUGGCGGGUUGUUUCGCCAUGCGAUGCAGCAGGCAGCGGCAAGUGGCGACGUGAUCUUCAGUUCCAGAGCCCACGAUUGGCCGGUACAUUUGGUCCGUAGGCAGCUUGGUUGCAGCGCCUGCCGCCAUUCCUUAACACUCCCACUCGCUCAUACAGUAGUAUGUGUUAUUGAGUUCUUCCGUCGUGAUGAAGGCCACAGUGGCCCUGCUUGGGGUGACACUGAGGCAUGGUGUGGCCCUGAAGACAUGGAACCCAGAUGAGGGCAGCGUUCGCACCACUGCCAGUUAGGAAGGGUGGCCAGCGGAAUAUGACCCAGAGGGUGCCGAUGUACAGGCAUGGUUGGGUCCCGAGGGCAAGGCGAUGCUCGAGCAGCAGAUCGCAGAGGGGCAGGCGGCCUUCUCGGCCAGCCUGGGGGCAAUGGACGAGCUUCUCACCGUUUCUCGGAGCCAGGAGUUGAGUACAAGGCCUAGGGAGAUUUCUGCAAUAUGCCAGAUCUUCAGCUUGAGCUCGCAGUCGUGCAAAAGAGUGCCAGAGUAUCUAGGCCGUCUCGCUACGAUCAAAGAAAGGAUGACGGUGAAGGUGUACGAGAUCAAGAACACAACCCUUCAUUGCGACAGCUUGUUUGCAAUCGGCAUUCUUGAUUUGUGCAAUGUUCACGCAGACACGGCUGCCGAAGUAUACAGGAACGACAUAUGUAACGCGCUGAUGCCGUCAAAACAACACAUGUCGCAUACCCUUCAAGGAACCCAUGGAGCACGUUACCUUAGCCACGCGCGUGCCCUAUUCAAAUUUGGCGAUCGUAGGGAUGCCAGUGCGUGCCACCCCACCUUUUACAAGACGCGCCUAACGAGCAAGCGUGAUGAUAAUUACGUCCUGCUGGAUCUGAACCACGCUCGGCACUGGGGCGUGAUGGCUGCUGUUCCCAGUUAUGACAUCCCGUGGGGGUCGAAGUCGGCGAGGGUGGUUUGGAGAGGGGUCUCAACAGGUAAAUGCAGUGCGACCGCUGUUAACUCGCGCAUGAUGCUCUGUGACAGAUGGUUCCGGUCGUCCGACGCCAGGAUUGACGUGGGCAUGACAAGCAUCGUCCAAGGCUGUGGCGAGGCGAAGAAGUUCGUGAAGCCUGGGAUGUCUAUGAAGGGAAUGCUGCAGUCGAAAUACAUCCUGGUUGUCAACGGCAACGACAAGGCCUCUGGCUUGAACUGGGCAUUGUUAUCAAAUUCAGUUCCGUUCAUGGUCGAGCCUGACGUUGAGAGCUGGCUCCUGGAAUCAAAUUUGAAGGCGUGGGUUCAUUACAUUCCAGUCAAGCCAGAUUUCUCAGACCUCAGCUCGCAGGUUGAUUGGGCGGUGGAGAACGAUAGCGAGGCAGAACGCAUUGCCAAGGCGGGGAAGGAAUACGUCAGGCAGUUCGGGAGUGCAACGGCCGAGGCGAUCGUACAAGCAGCAGUCUUGACGGCGUAUCUUGACCGGGUGAAUGUUAAAACUGGCGGGUUGAAAGGCCAUCUCGAAGGUGAGUGUUCCGAAGAGUAGGCGUUGAUAUGAGGCUGCUUAGUUUCUUGGUCAUGCAUACCCUGAUUGCAGAUUCCUUCGACGUACCUACUGACCCGCAUGCAGUCACGUUUCUUCUCGUUUUCUUCUGCCAUGCCAUCUCUUUUUCUCUUUCUUUGUCUCCAUCUCUCCUGUGUGUCUCGCUCUCUCUCACUUUCUCUCUUUCCCACCCUCUCAAUCUCUCUAUCCCCCGUCCGCUUUUUCCUCUCCCGGUAGCUGGCGUAUGGAUCACGAUCGGUGUUACUGGUCGUGCUGCCAGGUGUCGCCACGCUUUCGACCAGUGUCGGCUCCUGCCUUCAGUCUCCACGUCUCCGGGCUCGUGUGUCGCAGUCUGAUUGUUGCAGUUGAUUCUCCAUGCUCGAUGCUCCUUGCGAAGCGCGCCCUUGCGUGGUGCUCUGUAGCGACAGUGCGCUCGUGAGAGAAUGGUUCGGGGACGCCGGCCCUGCGGCAGCAUGCCUGGGCUGCCUUUUCUGGCCCUGGGCUCGCGAGGGAGAA